AUGACAGACAGCGCGCAAUUGAAUGAGAAGUACUUCAGCGAACAAGCCGCCGUCUAUGACAUUAAACAUGCAAAGACACUCGAUCAGCUGGUGAGAGAGAUCAGAGCGAGAAAAGACUUCAUUGGUGUCCAGUGGAUUGAGGAGGAUGACGAUGAAGACGACGACGACGACGUAGAAAGCGAUGAAGCCAAGCCGGAACCAGCUAGGGCUGUCAAGCUUCUUGACUAUGCUUGCGGAACGGGGGUUGUGUCAAGAGGUUUGUCAAGAGACGAAAUGCACGCCUACGUCGGCGACCUCACAGCCGAGGACAAGCCCGCACCAGCAGAGCUUACCGCGCCAGAGUUCUACGACUUCGACAUCGCGGCCGUCGGCCUGGGCUUCCACCACUUCGACAACCCGGAGCUGGCAGCCAAGAGGCUCGCCGAGCGGCUAAAGCCCGGCGGCGUGUUGCUGAUCCUGGACUUCCUGCCGCACGGGGAGAUGGAGCACUCGCACCCGGCGACCAAGACGGUCAUGCACCACGGCUUCUCGGCGGAGCGUGUUCGCAGGAUUUUUGAGGACGCGGGCGUGGGCAAGGACUAUGCGAUUGAAGAGGUUGGAGACGUCUCGUUUCGUGGCCAUGAAGAUAAGAGGAAACUGUUCAUGGCGCGGGGGACGAAGGCUUGA